UGUAGUUUUUAGCUCUUGUCUCGUUGUCGCUACACUAGCAGUCCUACAUUUCCCACAACCCUUUUCGGGGUAGUCAUAAAAUCCGCCAUAUUGAGAUUUUCAUAACGCGCAGUGUCGAAGGGGAGAGUAUCCACAACAGAAAAGGACAAUUCUAAUCUACAACGAUGACUCAGACAGUGCAGACUAACGGGGUUCAACCCCUGAGCAAGACCUGGGAGCUCAGCCUCUAUGAGUUACAGAGAACUCCACAGGAGGCCAUUACAGAUGGUCUGGAGAUUGCUGUGUCCCCUCGGAGUCUACACAGUGAGCUGAUGUGCCCCAUCUGUCUGGACAUGCUGAAGAACACCAUGACCACCAAGGAGUGCCUGCACCGCUUCUGCGCAGACUGCAUCAUCACAGCGCUCAGAUCCGGGAAUAAAGAGUGUCCGACAUGCAGGAAGAAGCUGGUGUCAAAGCGCUCGCUUCGUCCUGAUCCAAACUUUGAUGCCCUGAUCAGCAAAAUCUACCCGAGCAGAGACGAGUACGAGGCGCACCAGGAACGAGUGCUGGCUCGCAUUAGCAAACACAACAACCAGCAGGCUCUGAGCCACAGCAUCGAGGAAGGCCUCAAGAUUCAGGCCCUGAACAGACUGCAGAGAGGGAAGAAACACCAGAUCGAGAAUGGCAGCGGGGCAGAAGACAAUGGCGACAGCUCGCACUGCAGUAAUGCCUCUGUCCACAGUAACCAGGAGGCAGGACCAAGCAUCAAACGCACCAAGACCUCAGAUGACUCUGGUCUGGACAUGGACAACACCACAGAGAACGGAGGAGGAGACACAGCUCUGGAUGGAGCCAGUGAAAUCGAGCUCGUCUUCAGGCCUCAUCCUACUCUUAUGGAGAAGGAAGACGCUGCCCAAACCAGGUACAUUAAGACCUCUGGCAACGCAACAGUCGAUCACCUCUCAAAAUACCUGGCUGUUAGACUCGCUCUGGAGGAACUGCGCAAGAACGGAGAGGCCAGUCCUAUCAACGUGGAGGCUGCCAGCGAGAAACAGUACACCAUCUACAUACCUACACCCAACAACCAGUUCACAGUCCUCAAUGGCUCCUUCUCCCUGGAGCUGGUGAGUGAGAAAUACUGGAAGGUCAACAAACCCAUGGAGCUCUACUUUGCCCCGACUAAGGAGCACAAAUAAACCCAGCAGGAUAUGAAGCUCUAGGAUGGACUGAUUGAUGUUCUUUUUGUUCUCUCUUCUCUUUUCUCUCUCUAUCUUUCUCUAGUCGUGGAGCCAUUGCUCCGUAACAACUGUGGCUGCUUUUUUUUAACUGUCUUUUUGUAGGAAAACAGACCCAUUGGAUUAAAGAUAUUUGGGGGGGGAGACGGGGGACGUUGGGAGACAUACUGGUAUUUGAUACUCUUUUCCUUUUCCCCUUUAAGUUGACACGGUCAGUUUAGUGUCCCAUGAGCAGCGUUCUGUUACGGACAGGAGUCUGAUGCGGCCUUCGCUAAAGUUCAUAUCUAAAAAUACAAUCACAGCACUAUGUAAACAUGUGAUUUCUUAGUGAUUGCUUGGCUUCGGGAAAUAAUUAACCAUCCAUGGCAGCCGAUGGCAAUACCCUUACACCUUAGUAUAAACCAUUGCGGUCUCCCAAGCUUUAAGAAAUCAUAAGUGCAUUUUAACGACCAAUCGCUCUUCUUCUAUAAGCAUUUACAAAAGCUGAUUUGCCUUUUGUUCCACUGUGUUAAGGUUAAUAUGACGACUCAGUCUGGUCUGCAGAGUCCAUGCCACAUCACACACAAACAUUAUAAUACUACUGUAUAUUUUCAUCUGGCUGUAUUGACCUUUCACCUUGUACAUAUGACCACUUCAGAAUAAGGCAUCUUGGAAACCUGUCACAGAAACCAUCGACUCGCAACACAUCUGUAGUGGAGCAGAUUUUUGAGAUCAUAAAAGAAACACCAUUCAUGACAAACUUUUUAGAGCAUGAAGUAUUUUUAGUUGGACACCAUUUGCAUAACUAUAAGUUCAUGUUGAUGUUUUGGGGAAAUCUGUAUACCACAUUUGUUUGGAAAAUAAAAGACAGUAUGCAAGA